CGCCCUUUGGGCCGUACCUGAAGGUUCACUAAAUUGGAUGUUGUAUUACCUGGCUAAGGGGCACUCAUGGUGCUCGUGCCAUGGUGAGGUCUGGCUGUCAGUGCCAUGGCAUAUUGUUGGCAGCAUGUGUGUAAUCUGGGCAUCUGGCUCCGAAAUUCCGAAGAUGGCAGUACUUCCAGUGGCCAGUCAACAAACCCCCCAUCAUGCACGCCGGAAAGUUUCAUCAAUCCAUUGCCGACCGUGCCUCAUCUCCUUCCACUGCUGUCCUCACUACCGAUCACACACCCGCAACUUGCUGUUGAGCCUUCAGACGACAACCAACCUUCAUGGAUGCCUGACUUCCUAACUUCGACCUGCAUCCCUCUCGCUUCAUGCCAUUCUAGGGUGCUGUAGAGCGCUCCCAAAUGCUAG